UGACGUUCGAAUCUGUCCCUACCGAGGUGUGAGCUGGUCUCCCACGGUCAAAUUACAGAUCCAGUCCGAUUCUUCCAGUGUGAACAGGAUCCAUCCACAUUAUCGUGGUGAUGUGGAUGAGUUAACCGCGGAACACAAGUACUCGUGCUCAACAACUAUCAGCUCAGUAGAGCUUGGUUUUCCUUAGGAAAUUCCCAAGCUAGUAUUUUAUAACAUAUAUGGACUACCACCGAUUCUCUGAAGACUGAUCACCCACUUAUCAACUUAACCGAAGCUAGCAGUACACCUAUCUUGGCCUUCAAGCGCACUAGAUCAUAGUCAUACAGUCUACUCAAUCUUCGAAACUUACAAUUGGUGUCACCAUGGAGUCCUCGCGAUCCUCAUUAGCCUCGAAUAAUACUCGCGGUGGCCAUGCAUUUUCCGACCGCAAGACCAUGCCUCAGCUGGAUACUCUCAUCUCGCAUCUCGUGGCCGCCAAACGCUCCCUUUCUUCCAUCAAUCAUGUUUGGCGGGCCAAUGAAAUUGUCACUGCCGCGCGAUCAGCCCUCGAAGAAAGCGUCGUCGUUUCAUCCAGAACGGGCUUCCUCCGUCGAGGUCUGAAUAAUCAGCUUCGGCUGCUCUACGAUGUCCGGUCGGAGGUAGAGCUUAUCUCGCAUCGUGGGCGACAGGACUUCUCGGAUGCAUUGAAAAGUCUUGAUGCUGCAGAUGCGCGUCUUCGGAGUACCUUGGAUCUUCUGCGGAAUACCAUCGUCCACGCUUCGUUCCGACCUAAAGACGAAGAACCCAAGUCUCUGCAUGACUUUGUCGAUGAGCGUGGCGUCGAGGAGCUGCAUGCCGCCAUGAAGAGCUCUAUCGAUAGAACAAAUGCAGCCCGGGCAGAUCUCGAUACCUCAAAUCGUGAGUUUGACGACGAGCUUCAAUCCAUUAAACAAGCGCUUCGGCAUUAUCGGUCGGCUACUAGACUGGCCUCUUCUCGAGCCUCUGCAUCUUCAUCCUCGUCAUCGACCUCGGAUUCCGAUCUUCUCGCACUCUCAACGAUGCCCACUAUGCUCCAAUCGCUGGAAGGACAUGCCCAAGAGAUGGCUGGUCUCCUCGAAUCCCUUGUGCGCCACUUUGAUCUUUGUGUCACUGCAGUGAAGCACACUGAAGGCGGCGGCGCGGCUGCCAGAUCCAUCACAGGAGACAUGCCAGCCGAGGUCCAGGGCAACCAUGACGCGAUGCCGCAUAUCGGUGAGGAGAUCCACGCGAAUCUGAAUGCUCCCUUGGACCCGUUAAGCGACUCGGAGUAUUUGGAAAUGGUCAAUGUGCUGGUGAAAGAUGCCCUGGAAGCCGAGGACGUUGUCAUGGAGAUUCAAGAUCGUAUAAACGAAAUGGAGUCUAUUCAUGAGCAGGUGAAUUCUCAGCGGGAUGCACUCACUGCAAUCUCCAAUGCGACGCUCGAGGUUCACCAGCACUUGUCAACAUUGGCUUCGACCCGCCUCCCUCGUUAUAUUUCCCAGGCACACAACUUCACUAGGGUCUGGAACGAGGAAAACGAGCGUAUCAACGCCGGUCUAGGGGAGCUGUCUGACUUGCACUCCCUCUACGACGGGUUCCUCAAUGCUUACAACAGCCUGAUACUUGAAGUGAACCGUCGAAGCCAGAUCCGCUCUCGUGUGGAGAAGGUCCUCCGUGAUACACGGAACAAACUGAAUCAUCUUUACGAUGAAGACGUUACCGCCCGAGAGGCGUUCCGCGUCGAACAGGGUGAUUUCCUUCCCUCGGAUAUCUGGCCGGGCAUUGGUCGUGCACCCAUGCAGGUCCAGUUCCAUCGCAUUGCUGGCGGUCAGCUGGAAGGCGUACUCCAUGAAGCACGAGACGCUGAGCAGCAGCAUAGCCAAGCCCAAAUGGCUGCUGAAAGCACCAACCGGGAAGUCAUCGACGAGGCUGCGGAGGGUGAAAUUAUUCCCAACCUGCCGAAGGACGUCGUUGAUCAAGCAUACGCUCGCCUCCAAGCGCGAACUCGGGCCUUUGCUUGAAGGCUUGCAUAUCCAAUGCAGACGGCUGCAAUUUACCUACUCACUUCUUUGCUGAUAGUAUUACUCAAUAGUUCAUGGAUACCGUGUUGUUCAGGUGACAAACUCGCGGCUUAUUUGUUAGAUUCUUAUCUAACUAUCUUCCCAGUCCUUUUACAUUGAAUGUGAUUUCAGCCUAGGUCUUUCAUGAUAGCGUCGAAUUCAAUAUUCUUUUCUCGGUGUGUUUGGUUGCUGACCCGAAUGAUGAAAGCCAAUCGGUCUGACUUCCCAUUCAAGAUCUUCCUAUGGACCUGCCAAGCUCUCCAUGGGUUGAUGCAUACUCCAGCGCUUAUGCGUAGGAUGUAAGCACUGCCACAAGACGAGGCUGGCACCAUCAGGUUGUGACAAUGGAUAGGCAUGAUUCACAAAGAGAGCUCUGAUGGGUAAUUCUAGUCCACGCCAUAUGAAAUUAAAAAAAAAUAU